UGGAAGGUAUUUGCUCAGGAUCAACGCCCUCAGGAAACUAGCCGUUGCGUGCCCGUCGCCCCCGCCUCCCCUCCAUCCGACGGCUAGUUCUUCCCCCCUUCUUGAUCUUGUUCCGCCUCUCCUCCUCCUUCUCUUCCCCCUUCGGUUUCCGUUCCUUGUUCCACCUCGGGAAUCGGAUCAUGGAAUCCGAUCGCCGUUCCUCGACCAUCCCACCUCCUACGCCAUCGUCGGCGGCGGCAAAUGCACCGGCCCCCACCCCUCUGGCCACCGACAGGAGGCCCCGACGCUCUCGUGUAAAGCAGGUCGGCUCUCGCUACUUGUCCCCCUCCCAUUCCUCUUCUUCCGAACGACAACUCCUCGCCGCCUCGAACGGAUUCCCCCCUCCCUCGUCCCUGUCACUCCUUCCCCAGAAGCACCGGCAGCAGAAGCCCCAUACACCCGAGGAGACCGACGAGAACCAGCCCCUGGCAUCCAUCAGGCGCAGCUUGGAGACCCCCCUCCCCUUCUCCGCCCAAAGCAAACCUCCCGGUACUCUCAAGAAGAGAGCCGUCGUCCGAUUAUUCGCCGACAACAGCCGUAAUGACGUAGCAGAGCAGCCGCCGCGGCUUGCUGAAUCGAGUCGGAGGCCGAGGCCGGGAACCCCGAUGGCGCGCCCUGUUGUUGUGAAUAACACCGGCGUUCCGAGGACGAACCCUCGGCCGCCCACCCCCACCCGGGUGAGCCUCUUUCCUCCCGAGGGCCACGGCCGUGCUUAUGGAAGCGGCGACUACAGGUGGGAAGAAACCUCCUCGGAGAAUUCUUUUUCUGAUCCGGAGACUUGCACCGUCAGCAGUCAGGGCGGCCUCUACUACAGUCCGCCCCUCCUCCCCCCUGCGUCUUGCAGACCGAGGUCGAGCGCCGAGAUCCUGUCCUCCAUGCGGGAGGCCGAUCCCUUGCCAACCUUGUCGGCCAGACCUGCUGCAGUAGAUGCGUGUUCCGGCUGGCAAGGCGCCGCCGAGGACCCUACGUUUAGAGCAUCAACCACCUCGCUUUGCUUCCGCUCUCUGAGCUCGGCUAUCUCCUGUCGUCAACAGCAGCAUGUGCUCAAUCUGAGCAGGUCCGUCAGUAGGCCCCUCUUCUCGUCGAGGCCGCCGCAACCACCUUGUGCUAAGCCAGGCGCAGAGGUGAAGAAAGGGAGGAAGGCGGUGGGCUGGCAGGAGGAUGCCCAUGUACUUAGGCUACUCGACAACCAUUACAUUCAGUGGAGAUUUGUCAAUGCGAGAGCACCGAGGGCAGUGGAACCUCGGAGGGUUGCUGCUGAGAAAUCACUGUACGGGCUCUCGGUGAGGAUUGCAAAGCUUCAAAGCUCUGUUACAGAGAAGAGAAUUCGGCUUGAACAGAUUAAAAGAAGAGAGAGUUUAUUGUCCAUCAUCCAUCAUCAAAUGCUGCAUUUGGAUGAGUGGACCAUUCUUGAAGACGAACAUUCAAGAUCUGUUUUAGGGGCAACGAAGGCUCUUCAAGAUGCUUCACUUCGACUUCCAGUCACUGGGAAUGCGAGGGUAGAUAUGAGAGAACUCAAGGAAGUUCUGGACUCUGCAUUACUUAUGGUGGACUCAUUGACUCCAUGUGUUGCGAGAUUUCUACCAAAGGCUGAAGAUAUUGAUGAUGCAGCCUCAGAUCUGGCCAGUGUAAUCAGUACUCAGAGAGCUCUGAUCGAGGAAUGUCGAAAUCUUUUGUCGCAAGCACAUGACUUGCAGGUGAAGGAAUGCUGCUUGAGAACCCAACUCAUUCAAGCGAAGCAGAGCAACACAUAGCCAACCUUUGCAAUUUCUGACUCGGUGAGACUGCCAUUCAACAGCCAAACCACAGAUGAAGUGAAGUAGCUUCAACCUAACAGGCUCCUGGGCCGAACCCAAUCUUUUUCUUGGAGACAUCAUAGACUACGUUGAAGGUCUUCUGCUGCACGUUCCCCAGUAUGCCCACAUCGCUGUCAUCGCCAUUGGCGGCGAAGGCUAGGCAGACCUGCGACUGGCUCCCGACGUAGAGUGUCCCCGACAAGUCGAGCUCCAUCGUCACGCCACCGCCGAACUGCAACGCCACCGUCGGAAUGGACACCGUGCUGUGUCCUGUGAAGUCGUAGCACGUGUCCAGUAUGGACAGCGCAGAUGCCUUCUUGUAGCUCGACAUGGCCUGCCGGAACGCAGACCGCAGCGCGGAGUACGCCGUCGGCGGGAGCCGUGUGAUGACGGUGCCGGAGUCGAUGAUCGUCCCGGCGUCGUUGAACACUUUCGCCGAUAUCGGGAGGCGCUGGCCGGCGACGCUUAUAGCCAUCAGAUUGAGGUAGUAGAAAGUCGGCGUGCUCGCGUCCGUCACCAUCGGCGUGAACUUGACUUUUGACGAUGGGUAGCCGGUGCCGAAGGUCAAGUAGCCCGUGGAGCUCGACGUCGGCGGCAGGCAGUAGGCGAAGACGCCACCGUAUUUUUGGUACGUCUGCGUGACCAGCGACAGCUUACCGUGGCCGAGGCCCAUCAGCCCUGCGGCCUUGCCGAAGAGCCCGCGGUUCCUCUCGCCGCACCCGAACGGGAACUUGGGUAUUACGUCGGUGGGGGACAACGUGAGCGUGUCCUGGGCAAAGAAGCCGAUGCUGAAGGAGUUAUCGCCGUACUGCACUCCGUAGAGACAGGCGGACGAGCUGCAGCCGGAGAUAUCGAGAUCGGAGCAGUAGGUGGAGCUGCACGAGAUGUUGGCGUAAGUAGAGGAGGCAGAUGGGUUAAAGAUCGGGUCUUGCUGCUCGUAGCAGUAGGUGACGCAUGGCUGGCACUGGAUCCAUGUGAUGUCGCUCCCGGUGUCGAAGAUGACGGUUUGGUCCCUCUUCGGGGUGCCGAAUCCGACGGUGACGACGUAGUUUCCGGUACUUACAGAGCUGCCGGGCCGCACUGGGAUCUUCGAUCCCACCUGCGACCCCCGCUGCCUGUCCAACUUGGCCGAGGUAGCAGCGGCGGCGAUCCGGCGGCGGAGUGAAUCGACUCGGGAUCGAUCCUCAUCUAGAAUCUGCUCAGGGAGGGGCGUCGGGUGGCUGCGGAGCGGCGAGCAUGGUCCGUGCCGGUGAGUUACCUUCAACCUCGUAAAAUUGAAGUUUGCAGACUCUGAGUUCAGAAUACAAAGUUAGCUUAUUUA